AUGGGCUGCGCCCCCAGCAUCCACGUCUCGCAAAGCGGCGUGAUCUACUGCCGGGACUCGGAGGAGUCCAACUCCCCCCACCAGACCACCACCAUCUCGCAGGGCACCGCCACCCUGCACGGCCUCUUCAUCAAGACAGACGCGGCCGACUCCAUCCCCUCUGUCCUCGCCUACCAGAGCCGGCAGCAGCCGCCGCCCUCCGCCGGCCCCCGCCGCAAGGAGCGCAGGGAGCCCGGCGCCUCCGCCCGGGCCAGGGCGCCCCGCUGCUGCGGCGUCGAGGCGGAGACCCAGACCAGCAGCGCCAGCGUCAAGCAGGCUUCGACUACAGAAGUACAAAUUGGGCCCAUGAGACUGACACAAGAUCCAAUUCAGGUUUUGCUGAUCUUUGCAAAAGAAGACAACCAAAGUGAUGGUUUCUGGUGGGCUUGUGACAGAGCUGGAUACAGGUGCAAUAUUGCCCGAACUCGAGAGUCAGCGCUUGAAUGUUUUCUUGAUAAGCACCAGGAAAUAAUUGUUAUAGAUCACAGGACCUCCAGAUAUUUUGAUGCGGAAGAUAUCUGCAGAUCUAUUCGUGCCACAAAACCAUCAGAGCACACUGUAAUACUUGCUGUGGUUCCACGCACAUCUGCUGACCAAGAAGAGACUUCUGUUCUUCCCCUUCUUAAUGCAGGCUUUGAUAGGCAAUUCAUGGAGAAUAGCAGCAUAACUGCUUGUUACAAUGAGCUGGUUCAAAUAGAACAUGGGGAAGUGCGAUCUCAGUUCAAAUUACGGGCUUGUAAUGCAGUGUUUACAGCAUUAGACCAUUGUCAGGAAGCUAUAGAAAUAACCAAUGAAGAUCAUGUCAUUCAGUAUGUUAAUCCAGCCUUUGAACGAAUGAUGGGGUAUCACAAGGCAGAGCUUAUUGGCAAGGAACUUACUGAACUACCAAAAAGUGAUAAAAACUGUGCAGAGCUGUUAGACACUAUCAACACAUUUAUUAAAAAAGGAAAGGAAUGGCAAGGAGUUUACUAUGCAAGAAGAAAAUCAGGAGACAGUAUCCAGCAACAUGUGAAGAUAACACCUGUGAUGGGUCAAGGAGGGAAAAUAAGACACUUUGUGUCCCUCAAAAGGCUGCAUUGUACCAGUGAAAACAACAAACAGCUCCACAAGAGCCACCGUGAUGAGAAGUACACAGGAGACAAUUCUCAGUCAGAAUCCUGUUCCUUCAAAUGCAAGAACAGAAGGAAAGACUCAACUGAUGCUAAGUCAGUAACAUCUCAAUGUAGUGAUGCUCCAAGUUUACAGACCCGACGGUACUCUUCCAUGGCAAGGAUCCACUCAAUGACAAUAGAAGCUCCUAUCACCAAGGUUAUUAACAUAAUUAACGCUGCCCAGGAAAACAGCCCCAUCACAGUAGCAGAGGCCUUGGACAGAGUUCUGGAAAUCCUGCGGACAACAGAACUUUACUCCCCUCAGCUAGGUACCAAAGACGAAGAUCCCCACACAAGUGAUCUUGUUGGAGGUCUGAUGACUGAUGGCUUGAGAAGACUGUCAGGAAACGAGUAUGUGUUUUCUAAGAAUAUGAACCUGAGCCAUAGCCACCUUUCAGUGCCAAACACCAUCAAUGAUGUUCCUCCCUGUAUUGCACAGCUCCUGGAUAAUGAGGAAAGCUGGGACUUCAAUAUCUUUGAGUUGGAGGCUGUUACAAAUAAAAGGCCAUUAGUAUAUCUGGGCUUAAAAGUUUUUGCCCAGUUUGGGGUCUCUGAGUUUUUAAACUGUUCAGAAGCAACGCUGCGAGCAUGGCUGCAGGUGAUUGAAGCCAACUACCACUCCUCCAACUCAUACCACAACUCCACGCAUGCGGCAGAUGUCCUGCAUGCUACCGCCUUCUUUCUCAGGAAUGAGAGAGUUAAGGGAAGCCUUGACCAUUUAGAUGAGGUGGCUGCAUUAAUAGCUGCUACCAUUCAUGAUGUAGACCACCCUGGACGGACCAACUCGUUCCUGUGCAAUGCAGGCAGUGAAUUAGCUGUCCUUUACAACGAUACAGCUGUAUUAGAGAGUCAUCACACAGCACUGGCGUUUCAGCUUACAACUAAAGACAGCAAAUGCAACAUUUUCAAGAACAUUGAUAGAAAUCACUACCGGACAUUGCGCCAGGCCAUUAUUGAUAUGGUUUUGGCAACGGAGAUGACAAAGCACUUUGAGCACGUGAACAAAUUUGUGAACAGCAUCAACAAGCCAAUGGCAUCUGAGGAGACCAGCUCACACAGCGAAGGCAGCGACUGUGAAUGUACAGCCAAUAUAAAGAAUUUUCCAGAUAACCAGACAUUGAUCAAGCGCAUGAUGAUUAAGUGUGCGGAUGUAGCAAAUCCAUGUCGCCCCCUAGAGCUAUGUAUCGAAUGGGCAGGGAGGAUUUCAGAGGAGUAUUUUGCACAGACUGAUGAAGAGAAGAGACAGGGUCUGCCUGUUGUAAUGCCAGUAUUUGAUAGAAACACCUGCAGCAUCCCCAAGUCUCAAAUUUCCUUCAUUGAUUAUUUUAUAACAGAUAUGUUCGAUGCGUGGGAUGCAUUUGCACAUCUGCCUGUUUUGAUGCAACACUUGGCUAAUAACUACAAACAUUGGAAAACACUGGAUGAGUUAAAGUGCAAGAGUCUCAGGCUCCCAUCAGAAAACAACAACUGA